GUGGAACGCCCAGUACCUGGCCUCUCUGCGCAUGCUCCGCCUCGGGGCUCCCACCUCGCCUUUUCUCGCCGGAGUGCUGAUCGGGCGUUCGGACUGUAGCGGAUGCUCCGGUCCGGAAUCAUGGCUGUUGCCGUUCGAGUCGUUUAUUGUGGCGCUUGAGGCUACAAGUCCAAGUAUCUUCAGCUUAAGAAGAAGUUAGAAGAUGAGUUUCCUGGACGCCUGGACAUCUGCGGCGAGGGGACGCCCCAGGUCACCGGUUUCUUUGAAGUGUUGGUAGCGGGGAAGUUGGUUCACUCCAAGAAGGGAGGCGAUGGCUAUGUGGACACGGAGAGCAAGUUUCUGAAGCUGGUGGCCGCCAUCAAAGCCGCUUUGGCUCAGGCCUAAUGGGCCCUGAGGGCAGAGAGCAGAGCGAGGUUGCUUUCAGUGGGAAUUUGGACCCGCAAAUUUGAAUUAAAGCAGUACAAAAAUAUGAAUGUCUUGCCUCCUGUGCAGGUCUGAAAAGAAGUGAGUCUCCCCAGAUUAAAAAAAGAAAAUCAAGAAUUUCAUAAUUCCAAAGCUGCAUGAGCUGGCGAUGUGUGGGCUGUUGCUGUGGGGGGGUGGGGGGGGCCACCUUUGUGGGGUUUGAACUCCUAAAGACAAACGGCGCAUCCCUUGCAUAAACACACCAUUUGCCGCUUCCAAACUGUCAGUAACUCAAGGCAUUUGCUUAAAUCAGCACAAGGUUUGCUUAGAUUCAGAGGAGUCCACCAAUGGGUGAUUUCAUCUAAAAUAAGCAAAAAUGGGAUUUAUGUAAGAAAAGAAAGGGGGAAGAAUGAUUCUUGUUCGCAUGGUUUCUGAGCACAGUUUCAGGAGUCUCGAGACCGCCGCCAAGCUCAGCGAUUCUCUUGAAGGACUCACACAACUCAGCAGAGCUGUUCUACUCAUGGUUGCAGUUUACUACAGCAAAAGCUUAGAGGUUAAAGUCAGUGAAGUGACUCCCUUUAAUCUGGCCUCUCUCCCUGUAGUCUGAAGCCCCCUCCCCCCUUCUCUCUGCGCAGUCCAGUGACCUUGGCCCAGCCCCUCUCGGCAGACGCUUCAUGACA